UUUUGGGGGGGUCAGACCAGCUACGUUCAACAAGAGGCUUUUAGCUCCAUGGGUCAAUUCCGCAUAGCAUCAUUUAAAUGUGUAAUUUAGCGCGCCAUCCGUAGGAAGUCUUUCCGAGCCAGAGUAGAGAGGAAAGGGGAGAAAGGAAGAGGAGGAGGAGGAAAAAAUCCUGUUAAGUGCAGAAGUAAGCUUUUUAAAAACACCCAACCAUACAGACCGCAAAGUGAAUAGGGGCGUUUUUUCAGAGCCUAGCUACAUGGUUUAACUGUUUCGGGAAGAUCCAAGGACAGAUAGUACAACUGGAUACGAUGACUGAGAAAGAAUCAACGACAGACAACGUAACUGCAGAUGCCAUCUGUACAGCAUCCCCCGCAAAAAGCAUGGGGGAUCCCGGCAUCACACCUCUCUCUCCCUCGCAUUCGAUGAAGGACUCGGACCAGAAUGUGCCGGCAGGGCCCACCUUCCAGGUGGUGGUGGCCAUCGACUUUGGCACCACGUCCAGCGGCUACGCCUACAGCUUCACCAAGGAACCGGAGUGCAUCCACACCAUGAGGCGCUGGGAGGGAGGGGACCCGGGAGUGUCCAACCAGAAAACGCCGACCACUAUUCUGCUGACCCCCGAUAGGAAGUUCCACAGUUUCGGGUACGCAGCCCGUGACUUCUACCAUGACCUGGACCCCAGCGAAUCCAAGCACUGGCUAUACCUGGAGAAGUUCAAGAUGAAGCUCCACACCACACCGAAUCUCUCCAUUGAUACGGAUCUUCAGGCAGCCAAUGGGAAGAAAGUAAAAGCCUUGGACAUAUUUGCCUACGCUCUGGCAUUCUUCAAGGACCAGGCGCUGAAGGAGUUGACUGACCAGUCAGGCUCGGAGUUUGACAACGCCGACGUGAGAUGGGUGAUCACCGUGCCGGCCAUCUGGAAGCAGCCGGCCAAGCAGUUCAUGAGAGAGGCAGCGUACAAGUCUGGCCUGGUUCCCCGCGACAACCCCGACCAGCUGAUCAUCGCCCUAGAGCCUGAGGCUGCUUCCAUCUACUGCCGCAAGCUCCGCCUGCAUCAGAUGAUCGACCUGGGCGCCAAGACCGCGGUGAACGGCUACAGCCCCGCGGAGAGCGUGGGAGCAGGGAUGACACAGGCCAAGGAACAUGUCCGGCGCAAUCGGCAGAGCCGCACCUUUUUGGUGGAAAAUGUCAUAGGAGAGCUUUGGUCGGAGCUGGAAGAAGGUGACCGGUACGUGGUGGUGGACUGCGGGGGAGGCACGGUCGACCUCACGGUUCACCAGAUCCGGCUUCCAGAGGGACACCUGAAAGAGCUCUACAAAGCCUCAGGCGGUCCCUACGGCUCCAUCGGCAUCGACUUCGAGUUUGAGAAGCUCCUCUGCAAGAUCUUCGGGCCGGACUUCAUCGACCAAUUCAAGAUCAAGCGGCCGGCGGCCUGGGUGGACCUGAUGAUCGCUUUCGAGUCCCGGAAGAGGGCGGCCGCACCGGACAGGACCAACCCCCUCAACAUCAACCUGCCCUUCUCCUUCAUUGACUACUACAAGAAGUUCCGCGGCCACAGCGUGGAGCACGCACUGCGCAAAAGCAACGUGGACUUUGUGAAGUGGUCUUCCCAGGGCAUGCUGCGGAUGAACCCGGACGCCAUGAACGCCCUCUUCAAGCCCACCAUAGACCACAUCAUCCAGCACCUCAGUGAGCUGUUUGAGAAGCCGGAAGUGUCCGACAUCAAGUUCCUGUUCCUGGUGGGCGGCUUCGCCGAGUCGCCCCUGCUACAGCAGGCGGUGCAGAGCAUGCUGCAGGGCCGCUGCCGCAUCAUCAUCCCGCACGACGUGGGCCUGACCAUCCUCAAGGGGGCGGUGCUCUUCGGCCUGGACCCCGGCGUCAUCAAGGUGCGCCGCUCGCCGCUCACCUACGGCGUGGGCGUGCUCAACCGCUACGUGGAGGGCAAGCACCCGCCCGACAAGAUGCUGGUGAAGGACGGCACGCGCUGGUGCACCGACGUCUUCGACACCUUCAUCGCCGCCGACCAGUCGGUGGCGCUGGGCGAGACGGUGAAGCGCAGCUACACGCCGGCCAAGCCCUCGCAGCAGGUGAUCGUCAUCCACAUCUACUGCGCGGAGAAGGAGCAGGUGGGCUUCAUCAGCGACGCCGGGGUGCGCAAGUGCGGCACGCUGCGGCUGGACGUGAGCGGCACCGAGAGCCCCGCCGCGCGCCGCGAGAUCCAGACGCUCAUGCAGUUCGGGGACACGGAGAUCCGCGCCGUGGCCGUCGACGUGGCCACCUCCCGCAGCGUCAAGGCCAGCAUCGACUUCCUCAGCCAGUAGAUCCUGUCCCUGCCUCCCUCCGUCCGCCCCCCUCUGCCCCUCA